AUGGCGCCCAACAUGGACGUGGAUCAAUCGGAUGCGAGCGUGUACCUCACCCGACAACUGAGCUCGCCUUCGCUGCCCCACGAGCUGAAGCCGUUCUACGAGGCAUUCGAGCGGUUCUACAACAACAAGUAAGUCAACGGGAGAUGACUUGCAGCUGUGAGGUGCGAAGUGGGCUGCCUCACUUCUCACUUGGCUAGCUGGCGUGAACUGGCGGGUCGUGUGGAGCUGCUCCGUCCAUCCCCGUUAGCUCACAUCUUCCACUUCACACUCACAUCCCUGCUUCUCACCUUCUUCUCAGGCUCUGGUACCAACUCACAAGUACGAUCGAAAACUUCCUCCAAGUCCCCUCGUCGGGACCGUACCAGAUCGAGUUAUGGGAAUCGUUCGUCUCGACUUUCGCGCAGAGGAUCCAUCAGCUCAAGUUGGUCACCAUUGGGAUUAGUACGGCGAGGCAGUUCAGUGGUCAGUUCUUGUGAUAUCGUAGAUGAUAUGUGGGGGGACGGGCGUCGUCGAGCGUCCGGAGUGGGUGCUGCUGAAGGAAGCGAAUCGAGCUGACGUAUCCCCUCCCCCUCCCCCUCUCUUCCCCACCCGACUCCACGCACGACGUGACUCAGACGGCACCCAAGGCCUCGAAUUCCUGACCAGGCUGGCCGAAAAAGUCGACACCCCCGAAACACGCGAGGCGUACGUACUCGCGACCAUGGAAGCGGCCUACUUCAAGCUCCUGCUCGGCGACAAUGAAGGCACCAAGAGCGCGAUCGAUACCUGCGCCAAAGUGUUGGACGCGAUGGACAGUGUUGAUUUGGUGGUGCAUGCGAGUUAUUACAGGGUUGCGGGGGAUUAUUACAAGGUAGUUCUGGUCCGGGUGAGCACGCAAGGUGAACCGUGAUAUGACCGAGCUGACAACUCCAUCUCGGCACUUCGCUCAGGCCAAGGCCGAAUACGCAGACUAUUACAAGAACUCGUUGCUCUACCUCGCGUGCGUCACCGUCGACAAGGACCUCACUCUACCGGAACGAGUACAACGCGCCCACGACCUCGCCAUCUCGGCCCUCUUGGGCAAGAUUUACAACUUUGGUGAACUGGUCCGUCUUUGUCGUGUCGGAGAGGUGGUCGGGCGAUCAGGUACUGAUGAUCGAUCAUUGUCUGCGUACAUACAGCUCAUGCACCCGAUCCUCGAUUCACUGAAUGGGACCGAGUACGCGCCGAUCAAGAACCUCUUGUUCGCUUUCAACGCCGGUGACAUUGGUCAAUUCGAGAGCCUGUCCCAUGCGAUUGCCCAAGAGGUGAGCUUCAUUCACCCCCUAUUGGGCCUAGAGACAUGCCCAACUGAUCUUACAUCUUUAUACCCUCGCUUCCCUGUAGCCCAUCCUGCAAGAGAAUUACAGCACCUUGCGCCAAAAGAUUUGUUUGAUGGCCCUGAUCGAAGCCGUGUUCCGAAGACCAACGUCCGAGAGGGUCUUGCCUUUCAGCGUCAUCGCCGCCGAUACACGGUUACCGAUCGACGAGGUCGAGCAUUUGGUCAUGAAGGCUUUGUCGUAAGUUUGAAACCGUCUGUACCGAGUGGAUGGGCCGGAGGAUGUUCAGCUAAGUAAGGAAGGUUACCCCCUCCCAACGCUCACAGACUCAAACUCAUCCGAGGCACCCUGGACCAAGUGUCUUCCACGACGUCCAUCUCAUGGGUCCAACCGCGCGUAUUGGACAAAGUACAAAUUGCUGGAUUGAGGGAUCGAUUGGCGGGGUGGACGGAUCAGGUCACCGGUGUGGGGGAGUUCACGCAGUCGCAGGCGCCGGAAUUGUUUGCUCAGUAG